AUGACGAGCGAUUCAGAACAAACCUCAAAUUCUUUCAGAAAACGAGGUUUGAAUUUCACUGGAACUUCAAAAAGUCAAAACAAAGGAAAAAAUGUUGAUUCAACUAACCGUUCAAGGUCUAAAAAGACAAGAAUUCACCUUGAUUAUGAGCCGGUUGUUACGGAUAUUUUUCAAGAAGAAGCCAUAAGAGAAGUAGCCCCUUCUAAGGGUCUAGUCAAACAAACGGUAACGCCCGGCGAAAAGUUACUCCUUGGUCAUAAAGUGCGCCACCAAGUAGCUGUUCCUCCAAACUAUCUUUAUGUUCCAAUUUCCAAACAUGUACCGCCAAAGGAGCCGGCUUGGACUUAUCCCUUUAAAUUAGAUCCUUUUCAAGAACACGCCAUAUCUUGUAUAGAAAGAUCCGAAUCUGUACUGGUGAGCGCGCACACUUCUGCUGGUAAAACGGUCGUUGCUGAGUAUGCCAUCGCUCAAAGUUUAAAAAACAAGCAGAGGGUCAUUUAUACUAGUCCGAUUAAGGCGUUAAGUAACCAGAAAUACCGAGAAUUACAACAUGAUUUCAAGGACGUUGGUUUAAUGACCGGGGAUGUUACUCUUAGUCCAAAUGCAAGUUGUAUCGUUAUGACUACUGAAAUCCUUCGUAGUAUGUUAUAUAGAGGCAAUGAGAUAUUACGUGAAGUGGCCUGGGUUAUAUUCGAUGAGAUUCAUUACAUGAGAGAUAAAAUUCGAGGUGUUGUUUGGGAAGAAACGAUCAUAAUGUUGCCUCACAACGUCCACUUUGUAUUUUUAUCUGCCACAAUUCCAAAUGCUAUGGAGUUUGCUGAAUGGAUAUGUAAGCUUCAUGAACAGCCCUGUCACGUUGUUUAUACCGAUUUUCGUCCAACUCCACUACAACAUUAUAUGUAUCCUGAUGGGGGGAGUGGCAUUUAUAUGGUACUUGAUGAAAAGGGUUUAUUUAAUGAGGAACACUUCCAAGAAGUUCUUUCGCAUUUACCGGACGUUCUAAAUGGCGAUGAAAAGUCCAACAAAAGAAAAAUUACGGACACGCCAAAUGUUUAUAAGAUUAUUAAAACGUGUAUGCAAAAAGGGUUUAACCCGGUAAUUGCUUUCGCUUUUGAUGAUGAAAAAGAAUUGGUAAAAAAAGUCUUCGAGAAUGCAGUUGAUUUACUACCAGAAGAAGAUCGUCAUCUAUCGUCAUUUCAUAACAUGCUCCCUUUAUUAGAACGCGGUAUAGGGGUACAUCAUUCUGGGUUAUUGCCUUUUAUGAAAGAAGUAGUGGAACUUUUAUUUCAAGAAGGGCUAUUAAAAGUUCUUUUUGCCACAGAAACAUUUGCCAUGGGAUUAAAUAUGCCGGCAAGGACCGUAGUUUUUUGUGAAUUAACGAAAUUUGACGGAACAAAAAGGAGAACGAUGACAUCUGGUGAGUAUAUUCAAAUGUCGGGUCGCGCUGGACGUAGGGGUCUUGAUGAACGUGGUUACGUAAUGCUGAACAUAGAAUCCAAAAUUAGUCCCUAUAUUAUCAAGGAAAUGGUCAAGGGCGAGGCAGAUCAUUUGAGAUCUGCAUUCCAUUUAAAAUAUCAUAUGAUCCUCAACAUGUCGAGAAUUGAAGGCAUUAGCCCCGAGUACAUGUUACAACGUAGUUUUUAUCAAUUCCAAAAUUCGGCUCCUUUGCCGCGUUUUCAAGAAGAACUUAAACAAUUGGAGGACGAGCAUAAGAAUUUUGUCAUACCUCAAGAAGAAUCGCUCGACGAAUAUUACAAACUUCGCAAAAUAUCUGAUGAAUACGCUGACCGAAUUCGAGCCAUUGUCUUUGAACCGCAGAAUAGUAUUCCAUUUAUGAACCUCGGAAGGCUAGUUAAAGUGAAGUAUAACGGCGUUGAUUACGACUGGGGUAUGAUCGUUCGUUAUGAAGAGAUAAAGCGAGCGCCUUGGUCGAAGCAUAAUUCGCAAGAGGAUAAAAAAUAUAGGAUUAGAAUUCUAUUAAAGUGUUCUGAUGAUUCAUUUGCUAGUUAUGAUGGGAGGGUCGUCAAAAUCAGUCCUUGUCCGACAAAUCAAACGGGAAUUAUAUUGGUAGUCCCUUGUGAACUAAAGGAUUUAGUGAUUCUAAGUCAAAUCCGUCUCUUUCCCGAUGAAAAUUUAGAACAUGAUCCUUCAAAGAGACAAGUUGCAUAUCAAGGCAUUAGACACAUUCUUGAGAAACACCCGGAUGGUGUACCUUUAGAUCCCAUUGUAAAUAUGAAACUUGAUGAUGAUAGACUUGAAGACCUUGUCAAAAAAAAAAGUUUAAUUGAUCAUAAAAUCGAGUCACACUCGAUGCAUGAUGCCCAUGAUGCAUAUAAACGUUAUUGCGAGAAACUUGAAUUACAAGAAAAAGUUCGCAAGAAAAAGCUGGAAGUCCGUGAAGCAGAAGCAAUCCUUCAUCUUGACGAAUUAAAAAAACGAAAACGUCUACUUCGCAGGAUGCAAUACCUGUCAGAACAUGACGUGGUGGAAUUUAAAGGGAGGAUUGCUUGUGAAAUUACUUCAGGAGAUGAAUUGAUAUUGACUGAAAUGUUGUUAAACGGGGUGUUUAAUGAUCUAUCACCUGAAGUGAUAGCAGCUGUGUUAAGUUGUUUUGUAUUUGAUGAUAAAUCAAAAUGUGGGGAAGGAGAUCUUAGGGAAGAAUUCAUAGGUCCAUAUCGCGAAAUAAAAGAAACCGCACGAAUCAUUGGCGAUUUAUCGGAGGAAUGUAAUGUUCCCAUUGAUAAAGAUGAAUAUGUUGCAACCUUUGCGCCGGAUUUAAUGGAAAGUGUCUACAUGUGGUGUAAUAAUGCCACGUUUGAGGAAACAUGCAAAAAAGUUGAAUUGUUUGAAGGUAACCUAGUUCGAAACUUUAGGAGUUUAGAUGAAUUGUUACGUGCAAUGGUCGGUGCUGCUAAAUGUAUUGGGGACAUUGGGUUGGAAAAUAAAUUUUCUAUGUCAAUCGAAAAACUUAAAAGAGGCAUAAUAUUUGCAUCAUCAUUAUAUCUUUAG